AUGCCCCAUUUCGUCGCCAGCCUCCUCCGCUCUUCUUCGGGCAACAUCUCCUACAUCAAAAAGACGGCCAUUUCGCGAUCCUCCCGCAGCCGCUCGCGCCAUGACUCCCGCCACAACUCCGUCUCACCAAGCCCUUACGCCUCCGACUCGGAAGAUCACCACCACCACCACAAGCAUGAAAGCCGCUCCGUCAAGAUGCCCGACCUGGCCGACUCGUCCAAGAAGCACCGCGUCCUGUCCCUGCCCUUUGGUCGAUCCAAGCACGACGGCCAUGCCGGUGCUUCGCACGCACCUGCCAGUGCCCCUGCUUCCAUGGACUGGAGCAUAGAAAGCCCCCCGGUCGUCUUUUAUGGAACCCCCGAGGAGAGCACCGGUGCUCUGCUUUCAGGCCUCUUGUACAUCCACGUCCAUGACGACGUCAUCCAAGUCGACAGUUUCACCGCCACCUUGAGCAUGCACGUCACCCAGAAGCGCCCGUUCCAGAACCACUGCGCCGAGUGUCAGACCAAGGUCACGGAGCUCAAGAGCUGGCAGUUCCUGGGCCAGCACACUCGCCUGCGACGCGGGACGCACCAGUUUCCCUUUUCCGCCUUGCUCGCCGGCGACUUGCCCACUUCAGCCAGCACGCCCGUCGUCUCCAUCUCGUACCACUUCAAGGCCGAAGCCAUCUCUGCGCCCUCUUCUUCACCCGAGACGUCCUCUUUCCCUCCCCUCAAGCUCCAACGCACUCUCGACGUCAAGCGCUCCUUGCCGGAGCCGUUGUAUCCUCACCAUUCGGUCCGCGUCUUUCCCCCAACCAACAUCAAGGCCAGUGCCCACUACAUUCCAGUCAUCCGCCCUUCCGGGAACAACAAGGUCACCAUGAAGCUGGACGGCCUGCUGACACCCAACGAAAAGGUCAAGACUGUUGACCUGUGGAAGCUCAAGAAGGUGGCCUGGAAGCUCGAAGAGACCAUCAAGACCGUCGCCCCGGCUUGCCCCAGGCACGCCAGCGGCGGCUCUCAGGACCAGCAGCCUAGACGCGCCGCCGCUGAGCGCACCGAGACGCGUAUCCUGGCCGAGAAGCAGAUGCACGAGGGUUGGAAAUCGGACUACUCGGGCAACGACGGCACCGUCGAAUUUGAGUUUGACUAUUCCCUCGCCCAACUCAGGACGGCGAGGAAUGCCAGGGAUGCCAAGUACGCGUGCGACUUGAGGACGGACGACGGCACCGAAGUCUCCCAUGCCUUGCAGAUUGAGCUCAUUGUCUCCAAGGAGUUUGCGCCCGAGGGCAAACCGCAUCUUGCUGCCCAGACGGGAACGGGUCGCAUUCUCCGCAUGCAUUUUGCCGUCAACCUGACCGAGUAUCCUGGCAUGGGCGUCAGCUGGGAUAACGAGGCGCCUCCCGUCUAUCAGGAUGUUCCUCCCAGCCCGCCGGGGUACCCGUGCGAACCGCCCAUUGAGUACGAAGAUUUGGAGGAGUUGGAUGCGCUACGGCAGGGGUCGAGGUCGGAACCUGGCUCACGGCGGCCCUCUGCUUCCGGGCAUUCUUGA